ACAACCGGAAGACCAGCAAGAAAGCCGGGUAAUAAAAUAAAUGAUUUAAUAACACUUGAAUUCUAGAGGGAAAAUUUAAAACUUUGGAAGUGACUUUGAGAAUUUCUGUUUGUGAAUGAAAACUUAGCAUUAUAUUAGAAUCAAUUUAUGAUAUAUUCAAGAGCAAUAUUUUCCUUUUUUAUCAUAGUAGCAAACAACUUCUUUGAGUUUAAGAGAAUAGAGAAGUUGGGAAUAUCCGAUAGUCCAUGAAAGGGGUUCCGUGACGUCACAUCCCUCGCAUUGCUGAGCCUGGCCUCUCGAUGGCGAUUGCAACAGAUCCGCAGAGCACGGCAGCGGAGCGCAGUCAGACCACGUCCAGGGUUUGAUUAUAGCACAACAAAACUAAUGCGACGAAUAAGGACUGUUAUACUCAAGUAAAAUGGAGGAUAGUUUUGAUUGCGACUGUGGCGAGCUUGAGCCACCUGAUCAUUGAGGGUGAAUAAUUUCUUUUGAAGACUUAAAGGCCAGAUUCAUUUCAGUUUUAUAGAUCAGGUUACUUGACCGAAAAACAACACAGAAACAUAAAUUUAAAAAAAGCGUGCAUUUAUUUAAGCACAUGUCAUAUGAAGCUACUCAGGACCAGUCAUACACUGAAUGUAUCUGCACUGUAAGGAUGCAACUGCAUGCUUUUAUAGUUAAACAUAGUGUCAGUGCUUUUUAAUUGGCCCCAUUCUAGUUCAUUCCAUUGCAGUCUUUAAACUCGUCUGCUAAAAAUCAAGGGGGAUUAAACAAUAACAUUUCUCUCCUCGUUCAAAAUGGAAAGAAGAAUGGAUUACACAUUUGUGCCCCACAUUUGACAGUGAUAGUCAAAAAGGGGGACUGGGUAGUCAUUCAUACAGGGGGCAGCCAGUUUUGCCUCUGAAGCAGGAGAGGAAUUGACAGAUAAAUUCCUCUGUUUGACUUGAAAUAGGCCAGAGACCAAACAUUAGAGAUAGCAGAAGCUUAGUGUGUAUAAGGCAAAAGUCGUCAUCAUGGCUGAGAAGUUUGAGUCCCUGAUGAACAUCCACGGCUUCGACCUGGGAUCUCGCUACAUGGACUUGAAGCCUCUUGGCUACGGAGGAAACGGCCUGGUGUUCUCCGCGGUCGACACGGACUGUGACAAGAGGGUAGCUGUGAAAAAGAUCAUCUUGACCGACCCCCAGAGUGUGAAACACGCACUGAGGGAAAUCAAGAUCAUCAGGCGCCUUGACCACGACAACAUAGUCAAGGUGUUUGAGACUCUUGGGCCAAAUGGUCGCCGGCUAACAGAGGAUGUGGUGUCCCUGACAGAGGUCAACUCUGUAUACAUUGUGCAGGAGUACAUGGAAACAGACCUGUGUCAGCUGCUGGAGAGGGGCCUCCUGUCUGAGGGCCACGCCAGGCUCUUUAUGUACCAGCUCCUCAGGGGCCUUAAGUAUAUCCACUCUGCCAAUGUGCUGCACCGUGACCUCAAGCCCGCCAACCUGUUUGUCAACACAGAGGACCUGGUGCUGAAGAUUGGGGACUUUGGGCUUGCACGCAUCAUGGACCCCCAUUAUUCUCACAAGGGCCAUCUCUCUGAAGGUCUGGUCACCAAGUGGUACAGAUCCCCUCGCCUGCUGCUCUCUCCCAACAACUACACCAAAGCCAUUGACAUGUGGGCCGCCGGCUGUAUCUUUGCCGAGAUGCUCACAGGGAAAACCCUCUUUGCUGGAGCCCAUGAACUGGAGCAGAUGCAGCUGAUACUGGAGUCCAUCCCGGUACUGCGAGAGGAGGACCGACAGGAGCUCCACAGCGUCAUCCCCGUUUUCAUCCGUAACGACAUGUCCACGCCUCACACACCACUGGCCAAGCUGCUUCCUGACGUCAGUCCUCAGGCCUUGGAUUUCCUGGAGAAGAUCCUGACCUUUAACCCCAUGGAUCGUUUGACUGCAGAAGAGGCCCUGGCCCACCCCUAUAUGGCUGACUACUCCUUCCCCCUAGACGAGCCCAUCUCUCUGCACCCCUUCCAUAUCGAGGAUGAAGUUGAUGAUAUCCUGCUCAUGGACCAGAGCCACAGCCACACCUGGGACAGGUAUCAUGAGAGCCAGCUGUCAGAAGCUGACUGGCACUUGCACAGCACCCACGACCCAGACGAAGUUCAAGUUGACCCAAGGGCUCUCUCUGAUGUGACAGAUGAAGAGGAGGUUCAGGUGGAUCCUCGUAAAUAUGCUGAUGGAGAUCGGGAGAAGUUCCUGGACGAGCCGUCCUAUGACUACUCCACCAUGUUCCUGCCAGAGCAUUCUUGGCAGGAUGAUGACCACCACGAGAACAAAUACUGUGACCUGCAGUGCAGCCACACCUGUAACUACAAGGCCGUGUCGCCCUCCUACCUGGACAACCUCAUCUGGCGGGACAGUGAAGUCAACCACUACUACGAGCCUAAGCUCAUCAUCGACCUCUCCAACUGGAAGGAGCAGCAGAGCAAGGAGAAGGCCGAUCGCAAGGCCAAGAGCAAGUGUGAGAAGAACGGGCUGGUGAAGGCCCAAAUCGCGCUACAGGAGGCUGAGAAGACCCAGAGUCCGGUGGAGAAGGACCGAGAGCAAGAGAAACAUCAGACUGAGAAGCCUCAGAGCCAGCAGAACCAGGGCUUUGACUUUGACUCCUUCAUAGCCAGCACCAUCAAACUGAGCCUGCAGCCAGAGCCGUGUCAGGAGGCUGCCCUGCUCCACGAGGUAGGCCUCCUGAACGAGCUGAACUCUUCUGUUUCCCAACUGGAGCCUCCCCGCUCGGGCUCUAUGUCUAAAUCCAUAAGUCAGGAGAAAGAGGAGAAGUGCCUGGUUAACCUUGCUCAGUUAGGCGGAGGAGGGCUGGCGGACAGCGUCCGGCCCGCUCAGCCCUGGGAGAGCUUUGGCUCCGGGGAGAGAAUUGGUGAGAACGGCUGUUUGAUAGAUGAAGCGUGCUGGGACAUUCACAAAGAGGACCACUCGCAGAAAGAGAGCACCUACACCAGCUACCUGGACCGCCUGUUCAGCCGGAAGGAGGAGGUUGUCGCAGAAACUGUGCCCACUGCAGAGAUAGAGCCCUCGGAGGUGAGAGAGCUGGAGGAGAGCUUCAUCAGCAGGAACACAGAGUUUGUGCUCAACGUGCAGCUGGACUCUCUGGCCCUGCCCGGCUUUGACGGCACUGAUGACUUGCCUCUAAAAUCCAUCCAGGCGUCGCUCACCCCCUGCGCUGUCAAAUGCUCGCCACAAAUUGCCCAUAAAACAUACAGCAGCAUCUUCAAGCAUCUUAAUUAAAGAAAUAUAUAUAUCCUCCCUUACAGUGCAAAAACUAGGCAGUUUAUUUUUAUGUUUUUUAAUAACAUGGUAUAUUAUUGUACUUGAAUCAUUUCAUACCUUUUUUAUUAUGGUUACUUUUAAUUUUGUUUUUUAAGAGUUGAGAGGGGUGGUUUAUAAUAUUUAAAGAGUUUUGGUCAUCACUCUGAGCCUUGAUCACCAGGCCUUCAUGGGUUAAUGUCUACACCCUCAUUGCUAAACUGGCAUGUCACUCGCACACUUAAAGUACUGUAGAGGAAUGGAGAGAAGGAGAGACUAUCUGGAGGGAGAGAAGGAUGUAAGGAGAGGAUUUCUGAUUAAAGAGACGUGGUUUGGUUGUUUGGGUGUGACACAAGGAAGGCUGGUAGAUGCUAACAUUGCUGUAGGCAUUUCAAGUGCUUUCAAACACACUUUCUUGGGAGGGGUUACAAGGAAAAAGGGGGUUGGGAUGUCCUUUUCUAAAAAACUUGUUUAUGACGUUUUUAUUUUCCCUGAAGAAAGCUUCCUUAAUAACCCUUUCAUACUGUAAAUCGACACAUAAUGCCAGCAGCAACCAUUAUUGUAGGCGUUAAUGUAAAUGUGUUAUCUACCUCAAGGUAACAGCCGCGAGAGACACUCGAAGCCGCACUAGUGCUUUACACACAUGACCAUCCUCAUGCCAUGAAAUGAAAUGGUCGCGUAGAUGAAAUCUGUCUCACUUUAGCAUUUAACAUAGUGAGGUGUUUCAGUAAUCAUUAUUUAUUUCUAGCAGAUGUGCGAUAUUUAUUUUAUCAAAAAUGUGUUAUUUCAAUGUGAUUAUUGAAGAUGGAGGAGUUGGACAGACUUCCAGUUUCAUUUCGGCACUAUAUGGGCGUGUAAGUGUUCCUUUGUUAUACGGUAGGAUGCAAAUUCAUCUGUUAUGUUCUAAAAGAGUCGAGGCUUUCUGUUUUCCAUCGAUACUGUCCAAAUGGAUAUCAUUCUUUUUUUUGUUCGUUUUGUUUUCUAUUUAUAGGUGCGUUCUGUCUCUAGUGGAAAAACUGCUUUAUGGUUUUCAAGAAGCGCCUAAAGUCUUAAUUUUUUAUCUAAAUGUUCUGUAAAUGCGUGCAUGGAGGCAGGAGAAAGGUACAGUUAAAGUAAAGUUAAUGGUGAGUAUAAUGUGCGUCAGUUUUAAUUGUAUGUUUUUUGUUCAAUUUCUAUGUACUUUUUCCAGGCAAGCAUGAUGAAUUAGGUUAAGGUGUAGCAUGUAGAACACUUAUGGACUUUUUUUGUAAUCAUUGGUUCCCCUGUUCUACAAAAUAUCUCACAAUAAAAUUACUGGUAAAAACUUUGA